ACAUACAUACACCCAUCUCUCUCUCUCUCUCUCUCUUUACAUAUAUUAUAUAGCUAGCUAGCCACCGUUUCUUAAAAAAUCCAUCGAUAUCUGUUGUGGAAAAAUCAAUAAAGAAGCUAAGCAUGGGUAUGAAGAGAUAUGUGGUGGAGGUUGAAAAAGCGAAAGAAGGCGGCAAGGGUGAUAGUCGUCCAUCUGUUGGUCCUGUUUACCGGAAUGUGCUAGCAAAAGAUGGAUUUCGACCACUUAGCAAUGACGUCCAUAGUUGUUGGGAUGUUUUCUGUUCAUCAGUGGAGAAAUAUCCUAAUAAUCCAAUGCUUGGACAGCGCCAGAUUAUUGAUGGCAAGGCCGCCGGUGAAUACGUAUGGUUAACUUACAAGCAAGUCUAUGACACAGUAUUGAAGCUUGGAGAUUCCAUCUGCACUCGAGGAGGAAUUAACAAAGGGGCAAGAUGUGGAAUAUAUGGGACGAAUUGCACAAAAUGGGUAGUAAGCAUGCAGGCCUGCAAUGCUCACAGUCUUCAUUGUGUCCCUUUAUAUGACACUCUAGGUGCUGGUGCAGUGAAAUACAUUAUAUGUCAUGCAGAGAUCUCAAUUAUAUUUGCAGAAGAGACUAAAAUUUCUGAGGUAUUAAAAACAUUACCCGAUACUUCAAAGUACUUGAAAACUCUUGUGAGCUUUAGCACAAUCACAAAUGAGCAGAAGCAAAUGGCUGAAACAUGUGGCUUGGAACUUUAUUCUUGGGAAACUUUUCUGCAUCUGGGAAGUAGUAAAGACCAAUAUGAGCUGCCAUCAAAGAUGAGGAGUGAUAUCUGUACAAUCAUGUACACAAGUGGAACCACUGGGGAACCAAAGGGCGUUAUGAUAACCAAUGAAAGCAUUCUUUCCAUUUUGUCUGGAGUACAUCACCACCUAGAGAGCAUGAGUGAAGAGUUUCGUGCGAGCGAUGUAUAUUUCUCCUAUCUACCUCUCGCCCAUAUAUUCGAUCGAGUCAUUGAAGAAUUAUUCAUUUCCACCGGCGCCUCAAUUGGUUUUUGGCGUGGGGACGUCAAGCUAUUGAUUGAUGAUCUCAAGGAGCUAAAGCCAACUGUCUUCUGUUCUGUUCCCCGUGUUCUAGACAGAAUCUAUUCAGGUUUGGUAGAGAAGAUCUCUUCUAGCGGCUUCCUCAAGCAAACCUUGUUCAACGUUGCCUACUCAUACAAACUGCGUAACAUGAGUAGAGGGUACAAGCAUGAAGAGGCAGCACCUAGGUUUGACAAGAUUAUUUUUAACAAGGUGAAAGAAGGUCUAGGAGGAAAGUUGCGUCUUAUUCUAUCUGGAGCCGCACCUCUUUCCGCUAGUGUGGAAACCUUUUUACGAGUGGUGACAUGUGCUCAUGUUCUUCAAGGAUAUGGUUUAACAGAAAGCUGUGCGGGGUCAUUUGUUGCACAACCAAAUGAAUUAUCCAUGAUCGGUACAGUGGGCCCGCCAUUGCCGAACGUGGAUGUAUGUUUGAUGUCAGUCCCGGAAAUGGGAUAUGAUGCCUUGGCAGCCACUGCGCCAAGAGGAGAGGUAUUGUUACGUGGAAGCUCAUUGUUCUCUGGAUAUUACAAGCGCCAAGACCUCACCAAAGAAGUGCUUGUAGAUGGAUGGUUCCACACAGGUGAUAUUGGUGAGUGGCAACCGGAUGGAAGCAUGAAAAUUAUUGAUAGAAAGAAGAACAUUUUUAAACUUUCACAAGGAGAGUACGUCUCUGUUGAGAAUUUGGAAAGCAUAUUCUCUCUUGUUCCUAUCGUAGAUGCGAUAUGGAUAUACGGCAACAGCUUCGAGUCCUUCCUUGUUGCAGUUGUCAACCCAAACAAAGAAUUGCUUGAAAGUUGGGCAGCAGAAAACGGAGUGCCAGGGGACUUUGAUACCAUUUGUGAAAAUUCUAAGACAAAUGCAUAUAUCCUUGGAGAGCUAACAAGUAUCGCUAAAGAGAAAAAGUUAAAAGGUUUUGAAUUGGUUAAAGCGGUUCAUCUGGAUCCCCUACCGUUUGACAUGGACCGCGAUCUGCUCACACCAACAUUCAAGAAAAAGAGAAGCCAGUUUCUUAAAUACUACCAGAAUGUGGUUGAUGGUAUGUAUAAAAGCAGGAGAUGAUUCCAUUCCUUAAAAGCCCGGAUUGAUGACAAGAUUAUCAUUAUGAUAAGGAUUUAUUUGUAUUGUAUUGUACUUGAAACUUCAAAGUAGUAUGCUAGCUCUAGUCUUCAAUGUGUGUGUGUGUAGUACUGCAUGGUAUUGUUAUGGAUAAAAUGUACCGGUUUGUCUACAUCUUUAUUUAUUUUAUCUGAAAAAAAUCUUGCUCAUAGAGAAUUAAUUAAAA